GUUCGGCCGCGGGACGAGCCAGGCUAGCCAGCGGCUGGUCCGGACUCCGGCGUUCCCGACAUUCGUUCUCGAGCCGUUGUGAGCAGUGGACGUAUUACGGAUCAAUCGCCAUGGCCAGACUGUCUUUCUUCUCCCUGGCUUUGCUGCUGGUGCUGGGCACCCUAGCUGCUAGCCAAGACAUCAGCAUCCCAGAUGUGGAAAAAGCAUUAGUUGAAGAUGGUAACAAGACUGACACCACACCUGCACCCCCUCCCACCACACCAGCACCAACAACGGCAAAGAGUACGACCACUCCUGAAACGACAACCACACCAAAUCCUACCACCACCACACCAAAUCCUACCACCACCACUCCUGAACCUACCACAACCACACCAAAACCUACCACCACCACUCCUGAACCUACCACCACCACUCCUGAACCUACCACCACCACUCCUGAACCAACCACCACCACUCCUGAACCAACCACUACCACUCCAGAACCAGUGACCACCUCAGCUCCUGAAACAAACUUCAACUACAAUGUUACAGAAAAUAAUGUCACCUGUGUUAUGGUACAGGGAACCAUCUCCUUUACAGUUAAUUACACUACAAAAACCAAUAAAACUGCAGUGGUCACAGUUACUGUCCCAGAGCAUGGAGGAACUGUGACUGGCACCUGCAAUGGAACUGAAGGUGAACAGUACAUUGAGAUCACCUGGGGUGCUGUGAAUGAAACUUCUUCCACAAGAAUGACCUUCAACAGGACAAAGGACUCUUGGUCAUUGAUCGAUUUUACAGCUACUGUAUUCAUGGGCAAGAACUUUGUAAAUUCAACUAUUUAUGGUGAAAAGUUGGAUCUUGCGAUGAACUAUAACUUCAGUCCUCUUGAAAUUGGUGUCAACCGUAGCUUCAACUGCCAUUCACAUCUGUCUGCUUUCAACGUGACUGGAACUCUGGAUGGUGCUGAGUAUGAACUUCCUCUGGGAUCUGACUUGACUAACAUCCAGAUUCAAGCAUAUAACGAAAUUGUUGGCGAAAAGGACUUCGUUGAUUCUGUUCACUGCACGGCUGAUAACACCUCCGAUGUUGUGCCAAUUGCUGUGGGCUGUGCCCUGGCUGGCCUGGUUGUUAUAGUCUUGAUUGCUUACCUUGUAGGACGCCGCCGACGAUCUGCUGCAUAUCAGUCAGUCUAGGAUAUUUUGUUAAAUGUAGGUUAAUUUGAUUACAUAUUGAUACUGUACAGCUAUUAGAAAUGUGACAAACUAUGUGAAUUGUCAAGAAAUUGAAUUAUAUAAUUUGGAAUAAGAUUAAUUUGUUACUGUGAUAGUUAAGAUGUAAAUUUUUUCUUAUCAAUGUUUCUUUAAAGUUGCAUAGCUGUAGUUCAGCUAAAUUUGCACCUUUGUGAUCUUGAUCAAAUUUAUGAAGGACAUAAGAAAGGUCUGUUAUGCUACUGUGAAAUAUGGACAUCAAUCGGAUUACUACCAGAAUUUUUUUAUUGGGUUUGCUAGGUUGAACUGGUCAAGCCAUUCUAAAUUGCAACUUUGAUAAUCUGGGAAUAGUCAAGUAAAGGUUGUGGUAGCUGACUGAAAAGUCAGUUUGUAAGAGGGGAUUGGGGGUGGGAGUGGGAGGGAAAAGAAAGAAAAGUUUAAGAACCUCGACCUGGAACAGUUCGACACAGUAGCAAUUUCCAGUACCCAUUGGAAGGGACUGUAUGGGACUUCCUACAAUAUUUGUAUUUCUGAUCCAGCCUUCUUUGUAAAUGGGAAAACAGGAAACAUGCUUAUAAAAAAGGGGUACUAGAAGAUAAUACACAGCCUACGAUUUUCUUUUGUCAUAAUUUGACCUCCAUGUACAUAAUUAAGAGCUCUAUAUUUCCCACAAAAUUCUUUAAGGAAUAUUUACGGAAGUUCUUUGGAAAGUGUGAAUGGUGUGUGAUUGAAGCAAGCGAUAUUUUUGUAUUUGUCAUUCCAGGUAAAAAUGCUGCCCUCAAUGAUUUUUUGUUAAUUUGUUAUUCAGCUUAGAUCUGAUUUGAUAAUUGACAUUAAUAGCCAUUUCCAGAAACUUUUGAAGGUUGGUGACUAACUAAAGGCAGGUUCAUUUGGGGUGUUACUGAGAGUGGCUGGAUGAUCUAAAAGACCGGAAUUUAAUUCAGAAUGAUGAACAGUUAAUUCUGUUAAAGGUUGGCUUUUUGGUGCUUCUAAUAUUUGGUUACUUUGUUGGCAAGUUGAAAUCAAAUUAUGUAAUGCAUCUUGUUAGCUUUUGACUUUAUCCAGCUGUUGAUGGUUAUCUAAAGCAAUAUUUAUGCUGAAAUGGCUGUUGAUGUUCUGGGAUAGUACUGUAUGCUAGGUGUUUUAGGGUGGCUUCAUUUAACUUUUUUUAUAUAUAUAUAUAAUUUUAUGUUUUUGAAUGUUUCGAUUGGUGUCUGUAUCCUGUCCAAAUAGUGAUUGCCUUUGCAUGCAUGCCAAGAGGAGUGUAUGUAAAGAAAUUUCCUUUCUUUUUCAAAGGAAUUGUAUGGCAGAUUAUUAAUUUAUGAUGCAACAUUGAGCAGUUGCCUCAGAUGCUGCCUGCAUUGAAAGAAAAAUUGAGUGGUGUCCAGCAGAAUUGUUGAUGAAUGGUAGUCACUACAUUCCAGUGAUCAAGAUUUAAGGAAGCUCUAAUGAAAAAUCUACAUAAUAAACAAAGGAAAUUUGAAGCAGUUUGUUAAAAAUGUAUAUAUACCAUGGAGUAACCAUAUGGAUCAAUUGCAACACUGGUUUUGAAGAAUAUCCUUGGCCAAAUUGUAAACUGAAAAUUUUUUAUUCAUAGUCUUGGGUUUGGGAAAGAUUGUUUCCAUUUUCAAAACUGAAACCCUUGUUUUCAUUAUUCAUCUAAUGGCCAAGACUUUAAUAUAUGAAAAUUGUUAUGGAGAGCUAUUUUAUCAUGUAAACUGUUUGUAAAUUUUUCAUUAAAGUUAAAUUACAGAUUGUU